CUGGCACAGUCAAACUCUGGGCAAAGGCUGUGCACACUAAACCACAUGGACCGCGAUACUUCGAUGAUGCCAUGAACAACAGUUUUUGGAAAGUGAAGGAGCUGAAGAUGCUCGAUUGUUGCAAUUUCUCAUCGCGACCAUGGAACAACCCAUGGGUUACAACCGGCCACCAGGAUUCUUGUCAGCACGCAGGCCAUGAUCUCGGUGAAACUUCAGAACCCCUUCAUGAUCAUGGGCUGGGGAAGAAUGUAUAAAGAGCUAUGUCAGGAACUGUGAAAGAUCCAAUUCAUACCUUCUCAAGCACACAGAACCGCCUCUUUCUCUCGAUCUUCGCUCUCGCCAUCACAUCACCGACAUCCUUCAUAUCCAACAUCCACUAUGCGCGUAUCACUUUGGUCUCUUGCGGCAAUGGCUGGAGCUUGUAUGGCUCAGGGAGAUAUUGCAGCUCUUUUGGCAUCUCAGGAAGAUCUCAGCACGCUUCUUGAACUAGUUGGUCUUGUGCCUGGUCUUGCAGACACUCUCGCUGCAGCAUCGAACAUUACGAUUGUAGCGCCGACCAACGAAGCUUUUGCGAAAGUGCCUCGAAACAUUCCGGAAGGCGAGGCUAUUGAGCAAAAGAACGACACCGUCGCAAUCGGAGCGCUUCUUGCAAAUCACGUCUUCAAAGGCGUGUAUCCAUCAGAUGUUAUCACGGACGUGCCCACGUUUGCCCAGACCUUGCUCGACAUCUCGUACAUCAUCGACCGUCAGCCUUUCUCCAAUUUCACUGGCGGAGCCUACAAUGGUCUUGUCAAGAAUGGAGACGAUGUAUGCAUCAUCUCUGGAGAGCAGACCAUCUCCACUGUCACUGAGGCCAACAUCAAACUAGGAGAAGGAAUUACUAUCCACAAAAUCGACACUGUUCUUUCCUUUGGCGCGCCCUUUCAGCUCUUCACCUUCCGAGGCGGUUACCUCAACAUGAACGCUGCGUUGGAAGCCGCCCACCUGAAUUUUGCAUUCGGUGAGACGGGCGCCGACGUGCAAGGCCUCAACAUCUCUGACUACACCAUCUUCGUCCCCACAGAUGAGGCUUUCGAGAAUAUCGGCUCGAUUCUCGCGUCCGCAAACCUCGAGACCCUUCAGAGCGUGCUCAGCUACCACAUCAUCCCCAAUAACGUGAUUUUCUCCCCCUCGUUGGGCAAUGUCACCGUACCUUCGCUGCAGGGAGAGGACUUGACAAUCACAGUGUUGCCUGAUGGUUCGGCAUGGGUCAACAACGCAAGGAUUGUCUUCCCCAAUAACAUUCUCUACAACGGCGUCGCACAUGUCAUCGACAAUGUCAUCGCCCCAGGUUCCUUUGACCGCGCGUCCUUGAAGCCCUCCGCACCCGCCUCCGAGCGUCUCGCCUUCCCCAGCGCCACACCGGUUGCCAGCCUCCCCUUCUCGAGUAUAUCCUUUGCAACCGACCUCAUGGCCUACACGACAACACCGGAGCUGUUGAAGACGGUUGCCGCCAUCGCCACACCCACUGGUAAUGCUGGAGCUGCAACGACGACGAGCUCGGGAGUGACGGAGUUUACCGGAAGUGCAAAUGCUGUGUUGCCCGGUGCCGUUGCCGCAGUCGUUGGAGCCUUUGGCGUCGCUGGCGCUUUGAUCUAAUUCACAUCAGGUAAUGAUAUCCCAUGAAUAUGGUAGGGUUUAGAAGGUGGAUAUGUGAAGGUUCAAUGCCUUUAAGGAAGUAGGUAGUUGGUGGUAGAUGUAAUUAAUAUUUGAAGCGCUUAGGUGGAAGCAGUAAUGUAUCAACAAGACAAAUGGAAGUUUCUAUUUACAAG